AAAUAAAUGGAAUAGCAUAUGAGUUGGCUUCUUCUGCUCCCACUACUGUUGCGGGAAAUUCUCAUCUUAAUUUAUUACAGAAAAAAUUGCGUAGCUUAGGAGCUGAUUAUUUUAUCAUUGAGGUAACGAAAAUACUCUUUAUUACUGAAGAAGCAAAUCAGAUUCAAGCAAGAAAGCGUAUACUUCGUGGAAUUAAUGGUUAUGAUUCAGAUGUGAAAAAUUUUCGUAUCAACCGAUACAAACCAAGUCGCGAGUCAUGGUAUAAUCCUGACUAUUCUUGGUACUGUAUUGGUUAUGCAAAAAAUAAAGGUGAGGUAGAAGAACCCCGGCCAUUCCUUUCAAUAGAAAAAAAUCCAAUACAAGCAAGAGAAUUACUUAUCUGGAUUCAGAGAUCAAUACUGGAUAAAUUUCCCUUCUUGUUAAAAAAUAAGGAUGGGAAUACUAAUGUUGCACCUCUUAAUCAAUUCUUAAGUCGGCAUAGAAUUACCUUAUAUAUGUUAAGAAAAAUAGGUGCCGAUCAUGCUUCCAGAGUACAUGGAGUUGAACAUUAUGGUGUAAUGAAUAACAGACCAAAUACCCCAGCACCUAAACAAGAAAAUAAUGAAGAUAAAGAUUCAGACGAGGACUCAGAUACGGAUUAUCAGCAAAGCCGGCGUGCCCUAAACAUGUCUCAGGUUCUUAUUCGGCGAUUGAUAAACUUUGAAAGAGUUAUGCGUAGAAAAAUAAAGCCAACCUAUUGCUUCAAGAUGGUAUAUCUCAGAUUAGAAGGUUUGAAAAUCUCAGAUGCAUUGAUCAGUGCAAUUUUGCAUUUAUACCCAGAUAUACGCUUUCUCAUUCUUGAUAAAAGUAAGGGUUUCACUAAUAUACCAAUUAUAGAAAUUGCGAGAUUUUCUCUAAAACUACAGCAUCUGAGUCUUAAUUCAUAUAUAUGCCUCACUAAUCGGUGUAUCACUGAAAUUACUCGCUCAUGCUCAAAACUUAGACAUCUUGAGCUUGGUGAUUGCUCAAUUGGUAAUGAAGCUAUCGAGGAGAUAGCCGGCAACUGUACUAAUUUGAAAUAUCUUAGUUUGAAGGGGUGUAGAAGGAUUAGAAAUGAAGUGCUGAAAAAUCUCAAUCUGAAAAUUAAAAUCGAACAUCCAGAUUAUUCCGAUGAUGAAUUCUCUGAUUCUGAUUUACCUCCACUUAUUCCAAUCUUUACCGGUAGACAAAAUGGGAUAGCUAUAACCAGGUCCUUUAGAGACUACUAUUUGAGUCAUACAUCAGAUGAAACAGAUCUUAUUUCUGCAAUUGUUAAUUAUCUCAGAGAGAAUCCUCCAACGCGAUUUAAUACUAUUAGCAAGAGCUUGUUCGAUAAGCUUAAAGAAGAUUAUAGAAUAUGUGAUCCUGUUGAGAAUCUCUAUGGGGAUGUAAUAGGUGAAAUAAAAUGUUUAGAUUUGCAAUUUUGCUAUAAAGUAAAGUGGCGAAGUUUAGAUGCAAAAAUAGGUUUCAGAUUUUCUUCUGAAAUCAAUGAUUUUUAUGCUAAAAUUGUAAUAGAUGGUAUGAGCAUCCCAUUAAUCGAAGAAGGUAGCAGGCCCAUAGCUCUAGAGGAAACUACGGAUAUGUUCAAGAAAUUGUCUCUCAGAAGCAAAGAUGAUAAGCAACAAAAGAGGCGUCAUGGAAUAUUUCGUAACAUACCUCCCCAAGAAAAUAAGGUCAAGUAUUCUACAGAUUCAGAUACUUCUUCCAAUUCAGAUACUUUGGACAGUAAUUUAG